GUUGUGAAUACCAUGGUUAUGCAAGUGAUGUAACAAGAACAUGGCCCGUAAAUGGAAAGUUCUCCCCCCAACAAAGAGAAAUUUAUGAAAUAGUUUAUUGUGUUCAUCAGGAACUAAUUGAAAUGUGCAGUAAAUACCCAACUUUAGACUCUUUAUUCGAAUCUAUGUGUUUCUUGCUAGGAAAACGGCUUCAGGAAAUUGGUUUAUUGGGCAUACAACCCUCUAAUGCUUAUUUAAUGAAGGCAGCUUACCAGCUCUGCCCUCAUCAUGUGUCACAUUAUUUGGGAAUGGAUAUACAUGAUACACCAACUAUUGAUAGAAAUAUUAAAAUUGAACCUGGAAUGGUUAUAACUAUAGAGCCGGGAAUUUAUAUAAAUGAAAAAAAUAAAUUACUGCCCAAAGAAUAUCAAGGAAUUGGAGUUAGAAUAGAGGAUGACGUUCUGAUAACUGUAAAUGGACCUGUCGUGCUUAGUAGAAAAUGCCCAAAACACAUUGAUGAUAUUGAAAAACUUGUGUGUCGACAAUAGUAAAUAUUAUUUUGUUUUAUAUAGAAAAGUGUAUAUAUUUUAAGACAAAAUAAAUUGUUGUUUUUUA